GUCCCAGCCCACUAUGAGAGAAAAAUUGGGCGCUCAUAAACAAAAUUGUUUCGCCUGAGCUGCUCCCCGUCGCUCGACGGCCAAGAAAACAUGCAUUCCACCGUUUAGCUACUCCGCCCUUCCCUGCUCCCGUCACUCCACCAUCGUUAUCUGCCACUCGCUGCAGCAUUCCCUGACGGCUUUCCGCCGCCGCCUUCUACUUCUCCUUCCAGGCAAUUUCGCUCCCAGCCUCCCGGUCCAAACUUCCGCGCCCCGGUUCAUCUCCACCGAACUGGUACGUACGUCCUGGAGCUUGUUUCUUCUCAUUUCCCGCUCUCUCUAAUUCGAUUCGACGAGAACUGGCAUAGUAAGUUGUUCUCGCGUCGCGCAAUUUGUUUCAGCUACUCUGGAGGCUGUUGAAACUGCGGAGAGCGUUUCGAACUUCGUGGAAGUAGGGUAUCUAUCCGGUGUCCACGGACUUCACGGAGAGAUUUGUGUUGAGCCCACUACGGAUUUCCCUGAACUACGAUUUUCCAAGGUAAUGGCAGCAGCUAAUUCGUAUAAUUGAGAGGAUUUCGGGACGUUUUAGUAUGUAUUUGUAUGGUUUUAUAGUUUUGGAUUGAUGGGUGGUUUUUUCAGCCCGGGAGAAGAUGGUUGAAGCAAUCUGUUAACGGUAAAGAAGUGAUUCAAGAAGUUUAGUUGCUUGAAGGGAGGGAAAACCCUGGGAGGAGGAGUUGGGUGCUUACUUGGAGGAUUUGAGACAGUUAACGAGGUGAGUCACCGUGUGAUGAUGGGAAUCAGUGGUUCGGUUUUAGGUGAUAUGAAUGAGGAAUGGUAAUCCAUUGUCGAUUGCUGAAGUUAGCAAUUUGUAUGUGUUCUGAUGUGUUAAUUCCCCUCAACUAGAGAUUUUGGGUAAUUGGUGCUAAUGAUAAGAACAUGUGGGAACUGUUAUGCCUACUGCAUUAGUUGACUCCGUUGUUGGCUGAAUAUGUCUGUUGGUUUUACAGGCGAAGCAACUUAUUGGAUCAGCUUUGCUAGUCAGAGAAGAUGAUAGACCUGAGCUCGAGGAAGGGGAAUUCUAUACUCGUGACCUGGUUGGCAUGGGAGUGAUUCUCAAGGUUUGUUGUUUAAAUGAUUUUCCACACCCCAGCAUAUAUGUUCUUGAAGAAUGUUAGUUUAGUAACCUUGCCUGUGAAUCCCUUGUUUUCUCUCUUUCUUUGUGAUCAAGCUAUAUAGUCAAGCUAUUUAACCUGGAGAAUUCAGGGCACAUCCUGUUUCCCUUGUUCUUUCCCGGUUUCCCCAUUUCUGUGUUCACUUUCUUUCUGAGCUAUGCCUAGCUUAAUCAGUUGACAUAGAUAUCAUUGUUACAUAGCACCUAAAAUUUUCUAUUUAUUACCUUCCAUUCUUAUUGGUUCCAGAGCGAACUUUACAAGUUGUUUUAAGUUUUUCUUCUUUUCAUAUUUGUUACUGAUUGUAUGGCUUUUAACUUACAAGUACUAAAUGACACUUCUGUUCAUAGGAUACUUCUAAAUGUGUGGGAACUGUUGUUGACGUUUUCAACAGUGGGGCAUGUGACCUUUUAAGAGUCAUGCUUUACUCGUCAACAGAUGCAAUUGAUGUAACUGAAAUGCCGGUGGUUGAAGAAGCUGGUGCCUCUGGCCCUCUUGUGUGGUUGCCAUUUGUUGAAGCAAUUGUUCCAGAUGUCGAUACGAAUAAACGAGGAAUGUGGAUCACACCCCCAAAAGGACUCCUUGAGCUGAAUGUACGCUCAGAUGAGAGGUCCAAGAAGGAAAGGCGCCAGCUUGUGAGGCAUACUUCUUUGUACUCUGUUUAUUUGUCAUUGGUUUGGCUGUUAGUUGAGAACUUAUUCAGAAGAUUUGGAGGGAGAGUAGUGAGCUAUGAUAACAUCACUUGAUUAUAGUAUCCCCCCCCCCCCCCCCCCCCCCCAGAUUUAUUUCUGUUAUGCUCUUAUAUUCGUUGUUCUAGUUAAGACUUGCAAUUCCUAAAGUGGCAUUUUCACUUUAACUUUGGUUUCUUCAUGAUCACCAAGGUGAGGUAAGCAUGUAAUGUAAUAGUAGGCUAUUGAAACCUAUUUUCAUUAAGCAAACAAGUAAUAUAAUUCUCUAGGUGAUAGAUUUUGUAAACUCUGUGGUUCUUUUUUGCUUCUGCAAUUUCACUGUUGAAACCUUAUCAUGUUAUUUUCUCUGCUUAAAGCUUUUUUCCUUACCGGGUGAAACCACCACUGACUCGAGUCUGUGAUUUGAUGCAUUUCAGGAAUGGAAAGAAAGAAAAAGGCUCCAGCGACAGCUUAUAGCUGCCAAAAAAAAGUUAGUUGACAUAGAGCAAAAACAUGUAUUUGAUAGACUCAGAUAUGGAGAAAAGUCUCAAAGGAGCUUGUUGGCAGAUGAAAUUGUUGCAGUAAAUUCCAAUCUCCUUCAGCAUGCACUAACAAAUAUUGGGAUGUCAUAUAACAGGUGAUUUUCAGAUGAACUACAUUAUGAGUUGUUGUUACUAAAUGUUUUGUGAAUAUGCAGAGGAGUUUGGGAAAAGUGGCUGGGCUGUAAACCAACUGAACUGAAUCAAUCUUUAGUGAAGUAAUCUAUUUUCAUGAAGUGUUAAGUCUGUGCUCUUGCUUUCUAUGUUCAGUCCUUGUAGUUUAUUAUGACCCAUGCAAGUUCAGGUGUUUUAGUUGGUAAUUUAUGUGGCAGGAUGGUCUUAUUUAGAAUAUUCAGUUUACUUAAAGCUGGCAGGCUAGGCAUACCGUUUCUCUUAACUUUGUUCAGCAGUUUUACUAUUCCUGAGUACAACUGAAUUGGUUGGUGCAACAAGAUCCAAGCUAAAGAAUGGUUUUCUUAAGAUUUCCAAGGAUGGGCUUAGUACCAUCUUCAGUGUAAAUGAUUUGGGAGCCAAUUUGCGUUUUCAUGAAAGUGGAUGCCAUCUCUUAUCUGAAGGAAAAAUCGGAAUCGUCUUGGUUGUGAACCAUCAACUUUUUGACAUGAAAGGCAGUAAGACAGAAAAUUCACCUUGUACAUUACUUACCAAAACACUUUCCGACAGCCAGAUGUUUGUAAAGGUAAUAUCACUUCCUUCCGCUUGUUCAUGACCCUGAUUAAGAGAUUUCACAAGUUGUAACAAUUCCUGGAAGAUCAUGGAUCUGUCCCUUUGGUUCUGGUUUGUCCUGAGCAAGAGAUCCAGCCUCUGGAAGUACUAUUUUCAAGCAACGACUUCUUUGGAUUCGACUGCAAUAAGGUUUGUAUAAUGGUAUUACUGUCAAGUGUGGGGAGUUAUACCAAUGAAAAUUGUUAAACCUUGAGUUGCAGCUGAGAAGAAGAAUACUGCACUCAUUUUCUGUGUAUUUGAUUUGCCUCCAUCUGCCUAAUUUCAGGUUUCUAACAUGAGUUCCCUUUUCAGGUUUGGUUUCUGGAGGAAGAGAAGCUUCCUGUUGUUACAAGUUCUGCAGACGAAAACAGCAGGAAUAAAAUCUUGGUGAAGUCCCCAUGGGAAAUGCUAAAGUCACCUGUUGGAUCUGGAGGUGCUAUUCAUUUGCUUUCAUCGCAAAACAUUCCCAACACCCUCAGUGAAAUGGGUGUAAAAUAUAUCGAGGUUAGACAUUUUCUUGCCAACUUCACCCAUUGUUUUCUCUUAUUGACUAUCUGGCUCGAAAUUCCACUUCUCGUCUAUCAGCAAUGCAUGAAAGGUUCUCGCCUGUGUUGGCAUAGCAGCAUUUGCAGUUAUGAAGCAGUGACUCCAUUUCUCUUACCCUUUACUCAGGUUUGCAGCACUACCAAAAUGCUCAGCGGCUGGAAUCCUCUGUUGGCAGGACUGGUUGAUUUACAGGGAGCAGAUGUUGGUUUCCAGAUCUCUCAGGAUUUGAGCCAUAUGGAAGAGGGUUUCGACUUGAUAUUUUCGGUGGACUUCGUCAAGUCAUUGGCGAAGCAGAUGGACAAGCUCCACUUCGAGGCGAUCCUGAAGGAAAAUCCGCACGUACAGCUGGUUGAGAAAGAGUGGGUUGAUAUUGUGCCCUCGUCUCCGAACUCGUAUGAACUUCGAUGUUCAAUUUACCGUUGCAUAAAUGCCUGCUCCCUGGACAAAGUCUGUAUCAUGGAAACAGUAGAAUAGUUUGUUCAUAAAGAAUCCUGUUUGGGGUCAAAAGGAAAUUUGAAAUACAUAGAACAGCCACCUCUAGUUCCUAUGGUUUUUACUCGGUGAGCAUUUCAGAAGUGGUCUUAUGAAGGCAUCUGUACAACAGAGUAUACGAAAAACAAUUUAUGUUGUAAGUUAAAGCUGGUCUUCACUAAUAGUUAAUCAGAUUUCGAACUAUAGUUGAGACUUGAGAGGGUGUUUUUUUCUACGAGAUGGGCAACCUUUUUUGAAACUUGAAUGAUAUAAUGUCAUAAGAUCUUGUUGCAAGAAUCCCAACAAGCAUGACUGUAUAGGAAGCAAUGUUGUCAGAACCGAAUCGGAGCAUGAUCCGGUAAUGUAAACGGCUUACACUUUAGUGGUCCAACCGACAUUAGACGGUUUAAAAACCGUUAGAGAACCGAUACCUAAUAAACUUUAUCAAUAUAA